UCUGCGUUACGAGGCGCUGUGUUGAGGAACGCACCGAGGAAGGGCCCUGAGGACUCGCUUUCCCGUGAGGCCCUCGCGUGAGCGGCCUACACAGGCCUGGCCGAAGGGAGAGCUAGCCUUCGAGGAUCCUUCUCCGCCGCUUUGCCUUCGUCGUCGCCGCCGGCCAUGGGCUCCUUACUCAGCCGCCGCAUCGCCGGCGUGGAGGACAUCGACAUCCAGGCCAACUCGGCCUAUCGGUACCCGCCUAAGUCCGGGAACUACUUUGCCAGCCACUUCUUCAUGGGGGGAGAGAAGUUCGACACGCCACAUCCGGAGGGGUACCUAUUUGGGGAGAACAUGGACCUGAACUUUCUGGGGAACCGCCCUGUCCAGUUUCCCUAUGUGACCCCUGCACCUCAUGAACCAGUGAAGACCCUGCGCAGUUUGGUCAACAUUCGUAAGGACUCCCUUCGCUUGGUCAGAUACAAGGAAGACACAGAUCGACCCAUCGAGGAGAAUGGGAAGCAGAAGGCCCUUUACAGCCUGGAGUUCACUUUCGAUGCUGAUGCUAGGGUUGCUAUCACCAUCUACUGCCAGGCAGCAGAGGAGUUUGUGAGUGGGAUGGCCGUCUACAGCACCAAGAACCCUUCCCUACAGUCGGAGACAGUCCACUACAAGCGUGGGGUCAGCCAGCAGUUCUCCCUGCCCUCCUUCAAGAUCGACUUCUCCGACUGGAAGGACGACGAGCUGAACUUCGACCUGGACCGGGGCAUUUUCCCUGUGGUCAUCCAGGCCGUGGUGGACGAAGGCGAUGUGGUUGUGGAAGUGACUGGCCAUGCUCACAUCCUCCUGGCGGCCUUUGAGAAGCAUGUCGAUGGAAGUUUCUCCGUGAAGCCCCUGAAACAGAAGCAGAUUGUGGACAGGGUCAGUUACCUCCUUCAGGAGAUCUAUGGCAUCGAGAACAAGAACAACCAGGAAACGAAGCCCUGUGAUGACGAGAACAGCGACAACAGCAAUGAGUGCGUGGUUUGCCUCUCAGACCUGCGGGACACCCUCAUCCUGCCUUGCCGGCACCUCUGCCUCUGCAACUCCUGUGCAGACACCCUGCGCUAUCAGGCCAACAACUGCCCCAUCUGCCGCUUGCCUUUCCGGGCCCUUCUACAGAUCCGUGCGGUCCGGAAGAAACCAGGGGCCCUCUCCCCACUCUCCUUCAGCCCCGUUUUGGCACAGACCUUGGACCACGAUGAGCAUUCGGUCAGUAAGGGGCCUUGGUGGGGCCGGGCUUCCUCCUGGGGCUCUCUGAUGCUUCUAGUUGGUGCUGAGCCCAGCCAUCUCCCUCUUUCCCUUCCUCUGCAGUGUUCAGACAACAUCCCUCCAGGCUACGAACCCAUCUCCCUUCUGGAGGCCCUGAAUGGCCUGUGCUCUGCCUCGCCCUCCAUCCCCUCAGCUCCGCUCUAUGAGGAGAUCACCUACACAGGGGUCCUGGAUGGGCUGCCCCUCUCUGGGAGACCCCUGGGGGCGCUGGAUCGGGCCCCGGAGGGCGGCCACCAGAAGAGCAAGCGCAGCAAGUCUCCCGACAGCACCCUUCGCUCCCCAUCUUCGCCGAUCCAUGAGGAGGAUGAGGAAGAGAAGCUCUCUGAAGACUCGGACCUCCAGCCUCCUCCUCCUCUUGUCACGGGGACGGAGUUGGUUUUGCGCGAAGACAGCUCCCCGGAGAGCCUGACCUUGGAUGACUCAGAGGAGAUGCACUCGCUGCAGCAAGGGAGCCAGCCCCCCUCUGUGGAAGACAUUGUCCAGGAGAGCAGCAGCAGCAGCAGCAUCAGUACCGCCUCUGAGGCCAGGAGCCUUCCCCGGAUGGAGAGCGAGCUGCCCACCGAGGUCUACCUGCCAGCCCUUGGACCGGACUCCUGCUCCGUUGGCAUAGAGGAGUAAGCUGGGUCCUCCGACUUUGCCGGCACUCUCUCUGGCCAUGGGACCAGUGGCCAUCCUGGGCAGCCUUUCCUCUUCAGACAGCCUUCCUCCUCGUCCUCCUCCUGAGCACCUGGUUUGGGGGGCCUGCGAUGCCAAACCGCCUCCUCUGCUGCCCCGGAUGGGCCCUCCUUCCCUCUUUCUUUUUCACCAAUGAAGAAUUAAUUCUUUCCAGAUACUCAAAGACAGACCUUGUUCCCUUUCCAUUUGGUGAGCUCAGUCUCUCUCCCUGCCUUUCUUUCUAGUUUUGCAUGCUCCAAAUGUGCUGCUUCCUUUCCCCGCUCCUUGGCGGAGGUGGGGGCCGGUGCAGUGAAAAGCCCCUUCUCCCUUGUAAAUAGACUCCCCCCCCCCGCCUUUUCAAUGCCUGCCCUCCCACUUUGCAAAGUACUGGGUUUGCUGCUGGCUCACCCGGCACUCCUCCCAAACCCAUAAGCAACCCAUGGGGCAACAACCCCUUUGCUCCUGUGGGCUGCCUCUUUUGUGCCAGAACCCCCUCCCCCAAUAACCAGGUGCCUGUCUGACCAAACCGGUGCCCUUUUAUGGCUGUGGGGCAGCACAAGGCAGCUUGGGGCAAACCGAUUAUCCCCUGGGCAGAAAGCCCUGCUCCUUUGGUCCAUAACUUGGGUCCCUUGCCUGGUGCCUUGUUUGUUCCCCGUGUCUUCUCUUCCAAAGGCAGGCAUCUCUCCCCAUUGCAAAACCAGGCAGCCCCUCUCUUGGAUUACAGCUCCCAUACUUCCCAUCUGGGGGUCACAGGCUUUUCACUUAAGCCAGAGAAGGCUGUAAAGUUGGCCCCAUGAACCGAGAUGCCCCAUGGUCCCACAGCUGCCUUGGGCCCUUUCCAGCCUCCUGCCUUCCCUUUAAGGGCCAUAACUGACCUAUUAUAUGGCAAGGGGAUUUUUUGGUGAUGUUUGUAAAGUGCUCUGGACAUUUGAAAUGUGCUACGUAUAAAGUACCAAGUAUUAUUAUG